AUGGCCGAGAAGUUGAUCGUUGUUAUUGGUGCCACAGGCAACCAAGGAGGCUCUGUCGUACAAACCUUCCUCGAGCUGGCAGAAUGGAAAAUCCGUGGCUUGACGCGCAAUGUAGGAAGCUCGUCGGCAAAAACCCUCCAACUGAAGGGCGUGGAAAUGGUCAGUGCAGACUUAGACGAUGUGACAAGCCUGGAAGCAGCCUUCCGGGGUGCCAGCGUUAUCUUCGCCGUAACUGAUUUCUGGACCGGUUUCCGUAAUCCGGCCAACUCCUCAAAAGUUGCACCUGGUCAAACUUUGCUCGAAUGGGCCCACGACUAUGAGUUGCAGCAAGGAAAGAACAUAUUUGAGGCAGCUUCGGGCGUCAAGGGACUGGAACGUCUGAUCUUUUCGGCUCUGUCGUACGCGACAAAGUGGUCAAAGGGCAAGACGCCCCAUGUCUACCACUUUGAUAGCGAAGCCAGAGCAGUUGAGUAUGCGCAAACCCAAUACCCGGAGUUGAUGAAGAAGACCAGCCUAAUCCAGAUUGGCAUGUACCUGACCAAUAUGCUCUUAAUGCCCCAUUACCAGCCAAGGAAGGAUGCAAACGGGGUCUACGUAUUCGAGGCCAAGCUAGCUCCCAAUCGCAAGAUACCCUUCAUCGCGACAAUCGAGGAUACGGGCCCACUUACGAAGGCCCUUGUCGACAACGAGCCUGGUAAGCAUCUUCUUGCCUACCGCGAAGAAAUGUCGUUCAAUGAAUUUGCCGAGGCCUGGGGGCAUGUUCACGGCGUGAAAGCUACAUACGAGCUUUCGGGCCCCAACAGUGGGUGGGCUAAUCUUCCUGAUGAUAUCCGCCUCGAUAUCGAGGACGGUGCGGCUUACAUCUCCGAGUUUGGCUAUGAUGGUGGCGAUCCCAGUAUUAUCCAUCCAUCCGAGGUAGAUCUGGUCCUGGGUUUGACAUACGAUCGAAAUGUUGCUAACACUGGUAUACAAAGGUCGGUGUGCAUCUCCCAUCUGUAG